UUCGCUGCCGCUGCUCCUCUCGUGUCGGGCGUCCGGAGCGCCAGCGCUCGACCCCAACGGGGAAGCAGUUACAAUGGGAUCGGCUGCUCCCAAACGAAGAGGAGAGCGCGCCUGGAGGGGAAGGGAGGAACAGGUCGGAGGCGGUGACUGAACUCAGUGGCCAGCCUAUGAGAAGGGGGCAGUGAAAAACUUUGUUCUGCACGUCCAUUCAGAGCAUUUCACUACAGCAAGGUAUUGCGUCCCUUCGGCCCGGCAAGACUGUGCUAAGUUUCUUUUUGCGCCCUCAGAGCUGUAUUCAUUGAAAAUACUUUAACUGGGCGAUGAGGGCGCAGCUUCGGAAACUGAUCUUGCUCCUGCUACUGGACAGCUCCCUCGCCACCCUCCACGUGUCCCAGUGGCCUCAGAGGUUGGAGGUCCCGAGUGGCUCCAACGUGACGCUGCACUGCGAAGUUCUGGGGCUGACGGAACCCCGGGUGAUAAUCUACCCCUACUGGGUGAUCGGCGGGACGGGGGAGGGGGAAGAGGAACGUGUCGUCUACCCGCCCCCCAAGGAAUCCCAGCAGGAAGCCGCCCUACCUGAGAGUGAGAUCGGCGCGGGACUCUCCCUCCAACUCCGGCACCUCCGCCCGAGCCACUCCAACACCUACCGCUGUCUGGCGUCCGUUCACCUUCCCGACCGGCAGCUGCUGCUCCGAGGGAACGGGACCGUGCUCCUGGUACGAGACGCUGCCUCACCAUUCUCCCUCCCUCACUAUGUGACAGACAGCUCCCUGGCCACCCUCCACGUGUCCCAGUUGCCUCAGAGGUUGGAGGUCCCGAGUGGCUCCAACGUGACGCUGCACUGCGAAGUUCUGGGGCUGACGGAACCCCGGGUGAUAAUCUACCCCUACUGGGUGAUCGGCGGGACGGGGGAGGGGGAAGAGGAACGUGUCGUCUACCCGCCCCCCAAGGAAUCCCAGCAGGAAGCCGCCCUACCUGAGAGUGAGAUCGGCGCGGGACUCUCCCUCCAACUCCGGCACCUCCGCCCGAGCCACUCCAACACCUACCGCUGCCUGGCGUCCGUUCACCUUCCCGACCGGCAGCUGCUGCUCCGAGGGAACGGGACCGUGCUCCUGGUACGAGGUUCUCCCCGGGAGCCACUGCCUCUUUACAUCCUGCUCAGCCUGAAGGCGCUCGCACUGCUAUUCCUGACCACCGCGUAUCGGCUCCCAAAGAGCAAGAGCGAACCAGCGCACCCAGUUCAGUUCCGUAAUGUGCGGACUCUGAAAGGACGGAGACAGUGGCGGAGCACUGCUGGCGGACCCGGGACACUUCCUUAGUCCGUCCUCCUGCGGCCUGGACUGUGCCAAUCACCAACUUUCUCCCAACGACAUCUCACCGUCAGGAGAGACCAACAGAUUCCCGACAGACCAAAGGACGUCCUUCAUCGAGCUGAUCAUCUUCCAGCAAUACUUGAUGCCUGUCUGUGUGUGAUCAGGAAAUAGUCUGUUUCGCAGAGAAUCCUUCGUUUCACAGUUGAUGGGGAUGAACCGGUACUCAGACCUUUGCUUCUGUCUCCACACCCUCCGAGCGAAUCCACGGUCUGCGAAGAGGCGCUGACCGUCUGUUCUCGAUCACAGCCGUCCCGAAGGUAACGUGUGGUGGUCAUGAUGGAGGAAGAUUCUUACCGGGAGGGACACUUUCACCGCCAGCCCAGCAUGACUCUGUGCUUGUUACUGCGAUCUGGCGAUGAGGCAUUCUGCCGUUUGCUCAGCGAUUCACCCCACGGCCGCUGUCCCGCAGUGUCUGCAGAUAGUUCCGCGCAGACCACUGCCCGAUGGAUUUGUGGUGAGAUGUGUUGGCUUAGAAGGAUUUCCAAAGGUUUGUCAACGUUUUUAUAGUUGAAGAAUAUCUUUAUUCAUAAUUUUAAAAAAACACAAGAACAAGCGGCCUUUCAUUCUUAAAUUCUUAGUCAAAGCUUUCAUUAGUGUUCGAUUCCAUUCCUUAACACCAAUAGGAUCGUUGUCACUCACGUACACUACUACAACAAUUGAGGGGCUUCUUCACCCAACCCGGCCCCUCCCUCUCCAGUAGUGAAGGAACACUGCACUGGGCCCCUUCCUCAGCGAGCCCUGCGGUGCCCGAGCCAAGCUUCAGACCCUCCCUCAGCACGGUCUCUUGUCGCCAGACGGCAGCUCCCAUCCACGGACAUCUCGAUGAACAGUGGGGUCCGGGCGGACCAAAUGGCGCCUUUCACCGAGUUGAUGAUCUGCCAGCUGCGCUUGAUGUCCGUCUCCUUGUGUGUCCCUGCGAACAGCCCGGCGAUGGGAGAGUCCUCUGUCAUGCAACUGCUCGGGAUGAACAAUGAAAGACGACUUCUCACCUUUCUCCAGACCUCUCCACAUCAUUCAAUGCAGACCCUGCCGGCACAAACACCUCCGUCAAUCAAUGCACUGGGGUCUGUCUGAUACACCCAUCUGAUUGGCUAUACACCUGUGAUUGACAGCGACUGGUUCGUUCCUUAAGAAGUACAAUCGGCGAGCUCCGCGCCGUGUUCAGUUUAAAAGGGCACAGGCGGUGGUGGGGAAAGUAGUGAAGGUUGCGACAAAGGUUUAUGGGUGGUCGUAUUCUGAUAGGAUCAGAGCGGUAUUAAACUUGGAGGUAAUUGGGGAAUGAUUAAAAUACGGUGGUUGAUGGCGGCAGAAAUCAAAGGGGUUAUUUCCUCCAUGAAUUCAGGGAAAGCACCUGGUCCGGAUGGGCAUACAGCAGAAUUUAAAAAAUGUUUUUCCGCUACUCUCUCUUGUUUUUGAAGAAGCAAUUAGAUUUGGCAAUCUGCCACAAUCUUUUUAUAGAGCUUCCAUCUCUUUAAUAUUGAAGAAAGAUAAAGACCCUACUGAUUGCGCAUCCUUAUUGAAUGUAGAUUCCAAGAUUUUUCCAAGUUACUUGCAUCCAGGUUGGAGAAGGUAUUACCCCAAAUUAUCUCGGAAGAUCAAACCGGUUUUAUUAAAAAUCGUUAAUUUUUUUUAAUGUUAGGAGGUUAUUGAAUAUUGUGUAUACUCCUUCACAUAAUAUUUCAGAAUGUGUUAUUUCAUUAGAUGCGGAGAAAGCAUUUGACAGAGUUGAAUGGCCUUACUUAUUUAAUAUAUUGGAGAAGUUUAAUUUUAGUCCUGGAUUUCCUGGAUUAAACUGAUUUAUCAUACUGGUGUUUACUAAUAAUCAAAGAUCUCCCUUUUUUCGUUUAUUUCGGGGCACUAGACAAGGCUGUCCUCUUAGCCCACUAUUAUUUGAUAUUGCUUUAGAACCUUUGGCAAUUGCUAUCAGAGAAUCACAGGAUAUUCUUGGUAUUAAUCGUGGGACAGAUACUCAUGUUAUCUUUGUAUGCAGAUGAUUUAUUAUUAUUUAUUUCUAAUCCUGAGAAAUCUAUUCCAGUAGUUUUAUCAUUGUUGGCUCAAUUUAGUGAUUUUUCUGGAGAUAAAUUAAAUCUUAAUAAGAGUGAAUUGUUUCCUUUAAAUAGACAGGUCCCAAUUUAUGGAAACUUACCUUUUAAAUUAGUUAAUGACUCUUUUAUUUACUUAGGGAUUAAAAUCACAAAAAACCAUAAAGACUUAUUUAAAGUUAAUUUUGUACCCUUAAUUGAUCAGAUUAAAUGCUUGUUUACUAAGUGGUCACCAUUAUCUUUAUCUCUGAUAGGUAAAAUAACCAUCUUAAUAGCAAUAAUCCUACCUAAGUUUUUAUAUAUUUUUCAAGCGGUACCAAUUUUUAUUCCGAAAUCUUUUUUUUUUACUAAUGUUGAUUCAAAAAUUUCCUCAUAUAUAUGGCAGAAUAAAAAUCCCAGGUUAGGUAAAAUAUAUUUACAGAAGGCAAAGAAGGAAGGUGGGUUAGCAUUGCCUAAUUUUAGAUUUUAUUAUUGGGCAGUUAAUAUUAGAUAUUUGAUAUGUUGGUUGAAAGAUUGGGAUGGAUCUUUUAGCCCUCAUUGGGUGAGCCUGGAAAUUAAAUCGGUACCAGAUUUUGCACUGGGUUCCAUUUUGGGGACUUCGCUCCCUUUUGCUCUUUCUAAAUUGCCGAAGCGAAUUGACAACCCGAUAGUUAAACAUACUUUACGUAUAUGGUUUCAAUUUCGAAAAUUUUUGUGUUGACUCAGUUUGUUUUAAAUAUUCCUAUUGUAUCCAAUUGUUUUUUCCACCCUUCAAUUAUAGACCAAGCUUAUUCGACUUGGAAGACUAAGGGAUUACUACGAUUUUCUGAUUUAUUUUUGGACAAUUGUUUUAUGUCUUUUGAGCAAUUAUCUAAUACAUAUAAUUUGCCUAGAUUUCAUUUUUUUAGAUAUUUACAGAUUAGGCAUUUUUUUAAAUACUGUACUUCCUACUUUUCCACAUUUUGUGUCUUCAGGUAUUUUGGAGAGUUUGUUUGAAUUAAACCCUUUUCAAAAAGGGCUUAUAUCAAAACUUUAUAAUAUAAUUAUGAAGAUACGUUCUGAGCCCCUUUAUAAGACAAAAAAUGAUAGGGAAAGAGAGCUUAAUCUUAUUAUUCCUAUUGAGAAUUGGGAUAGAAUUCUUCAAUUAGUUAAUACAUCAUCUAUAUGUGCCAAACAUUCAUUAAUACAGUUUAAGGUUGUACAUAGGGCCUAUAUGUCCAAGGAUAACUUGGCUCAUUUUUAUUCCUAUAUAAAUCCUAUUUGUGAUAGAUGUCAAUCUGAAAUAGUGUCUUUAACACAUAUGCUCUGGUCGUGUCUGCUUUUGAAAAAAUAUUGGAAAGAUAUUUUUGAUAUUAUCUCUGCGGUAUUGAACAUUGAUUUACAACCCCAUCCUAUUACCGCAAUUUUUGGUUUACCAAUGAUGGACUCACUUCAUUUAUCUUCUUCCACCUGCCGAAUGAUUGCGUUUCUUACUCUAAUGGCUAGAAGAUCUAUGAUGUUGAAUUGGAAGGAAAUUAAUCCUCCUAUUGUAUUUCAUUGGUUUUCUCAAACUAUGUUAUGUUUAAAUUUAGAAAAAAUUAGAAGUGAUGUAUUUGAUACUUCUAUUAAAUUUGAAAAGAUAUGGAGACCAUUUAUUCAAUAUUUUCAUAUGAUAUAAUAUGACCCGUUUCAAGCCUAUUUGAUCUUCCAGUUUUGAUUUUAUUUAUGUUGAGAGGAUCGGAGUUGACGACACUGAUGGUUUUGUAUUCUUGUGCGAUAUUAUAAACAGCCCUUGUUUUUUCUUUUUCUCUUUUUCCUUUUUUGCUUUUUUUUCGUUAUUAGAUUAUUAGAUUAGUUUUUUGCAUAUUUUUUUUUCUUUUUACUGUUUUUUUAUUAUAUAUUAUGAUAUACCUAGAAUUGCCUUGUUUAUAUAUAUAUUGUAUCAUCCAUGAUUUGGGAAUACUCAUUUAUACUGUAAUCAUUGCUUAUGUAUUCUUUCAUGUGCAGUUGAAAUGUGUAUGUUUGUAAUCCCAUUAUCUAUGUAUCAAUUGUAUUUUGUUGAUAUUAAUAACAAUAAUAAAAAGAUUGAAAAAGAAAGAUGGGGGCAGAUUCCUAGGGCUAAUAAUAUUUCAAUAUUGAUUAAAGAAGGAUAUUCAGAUUGUUACUGAAAUGGUGAAGACUGAGUUACCGGCUUGCUCACUUGCUGCAAUUCAUAAUCAAGAUAAUUGAAGUGAAGAGGCUAAACAAGAUAGAGAUAAGAUUUGAAGUGAAUACCCUGAUGUGUUGUAAGUUAGCUGUAGCAAUGAUAGUACUCGAGAUGUGCUGUCCGAUGCCCCACAUCGCUCACCGCCUCUGUUGCUCGGUGAACAGACUCUGUGACCUUCCCCUCUGUUGUCCCUCCAGGAGACAUCGGAAAAAAUGUCUGAGAAUGUUGGCCUGGAUGGACGUGCACAGGGUGCCAAUGCAGAGUGAGAUCCCACAAUCAGCAGGGCUGAUACCUCAAGCAGCAUGUCCAUCGUCUGCCCUCAGGAAUCUGCUCCAACCUGUUUAAUCACUCCACAUGACUAAAGCCCCCACCUCUCGAUCCAGACAACAUCAUAGUGUAUCUCCUCGGUUCUCCCUCCAAUGUGACCCCAACCUUCUUGUAGUGCAGUCAGCUGAUCUGCACACAGUGAUCACAGUGCAGUCUGACCAGUAUCUUGUCAAGUUCUAACAUAACAUCCCAGCUUUUCCAUUCCAUCCCCUGACCUCUGAAGGGAACUGCACUGUAUGACUUCAGUAUCCUGUCCCAUGGUGUAGUUGCUUUCAGGGGUCUCUGGAAUUGUAUCCCACGGACUCUCUGUUCCACCCCCCCGGUGUCCCAUCAUAAACUGUGGUUGUUCUACCAGAAUUUGACAUCCCAGAAUACAUCACCUUGUCCUCAUUUGUAUUAAAUUCUCAUCUGUCUCUAUCGACCCAACUUUC